AUGGAGGAAGAAAAUUUGGCUGAAGAGCUUUACAAAAAAUUAAAAGGAAUGAGAUACCUUAUAGUCAUGGAUGAUGUAUGGGACACGGAACCGUGGGACGAUUUGAAAAGAUAUUUUCCAGAUGAUGAAACAGGAAGUAGAAUCUUAUUCACAUCUCGAAAUAAAGAAUUGGGCUUCAAUGAUGUUGUUAAUGAACUUCCUUUCCUAUCAGAUGCUGAAUGUUGGGAAUUAUUACGGUGGAAAGUGUUCCAGACAGAACGUUGCCCUCCAGAAUUGCUAGAGAUUGGUAAGCAUAUUGCCGCAAAAUGUCGUGGUCUACCUCUGUCAGUCAUUACAAUAUCUUCCAUUCUUGCAAAUAUACAGAAGAAAGAGAGCUCAUGGGGAAAAAUAGCGGGACAUUUAAAUGAACACAUAUUUGACAGCACAAAUAAUUGCAUCGACAUACUGAAACUUAGUUACCAGCAUUUACCAGCUCAUCUGAAACCUUGUUUUCUAUACUUUGGAGCAUUUAAAGAAGACGAAGUAAUCCCGGUACGGAAGUUGAUAUCUCUUUGGGUUGCCGAAGGGUUUAUAAACAAAGAAAACCACGGGAGCUCAGAGGAUGUGGCACACAAUUAUCUAAUGGAUCUAAUUAAUAGGGGUCUGGUACUAGUUGCUAAAAAAAGAUCAAAUGGUGGAGUCAAAACUUGCAUGAUUCAUGAUCUAUUGCAUGAGACGUGCUUGAGGAUAGCUGAAGAAGUAAACUUUAUGGGAGGGAUCGAAAACGGAUCUUCGAAGUAUAAGAAAGAUAUGAGUAUCUUGAAAAUGCAGCGUCCUUGUUUCCCAAGACCAUUUGAUCCAUAUCUUCACUCUCAAUUAGGCCGUAGGGUCAUGGAUUUGUCAGGACAAUAUCAGUCUUCGGUUCAAGUUGUAAGUGGAGGAAUUGAAAACCUGGUUCACUUGAGGUACUUGGCAGUUAGUGAAAAUAUUGAACUGCCAUUAAUAGAAAAACUCCACAGACUAGAAUAUCUUGGAGUGGAGAACCAUGGUGAAGUUGGAAUACCUGAGUUCGUUCUUAACAUGAAGAAUUUGAAACAUCUGCGUUUUCAUGGUGGUGCACGCUUCAGUGAAUCUUCUCAUUUAAGAGCAACUACGGAUGGGAGCUUCCAAAUAAAUAACCUACAAUCCAUUUCUACACUUCUUAUUCAUAAUGAAAU